CACAACACAACAACCACUAAUACUACACACAGGAGGUAACAAUGGCGCAGGAUGACACCGUCCUCCAUCUGAGGAGAAGCUUUCGGGAGGGGAGGACGAGGCCGAUGCAGUUCAGGAUCUCACAGCUGGAGGCGCUAAACAGAUUCCUAGAGGAGAAAAAGAGUCAGAUCCUGGAGAGUCUGAAGAAAGAUCUCAACAAGCCUCCAUUUGAAGCGGAGCUAUCAGAGCUGAGUCUGGUGAAAAGUGAGAUAAACUUGGCCCUGAACAACCUGAGCUCCUGGAUGAAGGACGAGUACGUGUCCAAGAAUUGGGUGAGUCCACGGAUCAGGACCAGUCCACGUGUCCACCCCAGAGUCCAAUACUUGAGCCACCAAUGUACCCCGAGAGACAUCUAA